AAUUCAUGAAAAGGGUCAUUUGUUUAAUAAUUCUAUUUAGUUUGUGUCUAGCGUGCGCUCAUAUAUACACACAUACAUACAUAUUUAUAUACAUACAUACAUAUACACACACACACAUAUAUAUAUACACACCUACACACACACACACACACACACGGUCAGACAACAGGCAGGUUCAGAUUUAGUCCUGGUUGGUUCCAACAGGGAGCUGCCGCAACACGUUGGCGAUAUCAAUAUUCUGAUGGUGACGAGUCAGCGGAAACGAGGGAACACGAAAAAAAAGAGAUGUGGAGAGGGAGAGGAGGAAUGAAGCUCGUGAGCACUGUGCGCAAGUGUGCAAGGCAGAAAGCAAACGAGUGAGCAAGAGAGAGCACAGUAGAGAAAACGAGAGAGAAAGAGCGAGAGAGAAAGAGCGAGAGAGAGAGAGCGAGAGAGAGAGAGAGAGAGAAACAGCACUGAUGUUCGACGCCAGGCUGCCACCACUCUGUAGUGGUGAGUGGCUGCAACAAAAGCACAGAAUAACAUCCCUGGCUUUCUUGUCGUCUUUUCUCUCUGCCACUGCCUGCCUGCGUCGUUAGCUGGCUGCUCGGGACGCCCAGAGCCCAUAGGACGAGAGUUGCUCCCUCCAACAUACUGAUCGCUGCAGGAGGCUGAGCUGGUCACCACACCACGGACCGACCAACCAACCCAACGGCUCUCUGCCUCUCGGGUCUCGCUGCCAUCAACAAGUUAGGGGCUGGACGGUUAGGGGACGUAGAGGACCCCCCCUCAGCCAAGAGGGGCACUAUUUGAUACCCAAUUAACCAAUUGAGCUGACAUUGCAGUGUGGAAGGAGGGAAGGAAAACGGGGAAACAGAGUGAUUAGCGCCAGGGAGCUUUGGAUGCAAAUCAACUAAAAACAAAGAUCCCCCCCCCCAAAAAAAGCCGGUUGGAUAAUGUGUGAUUAAAAGGGGAAGAGCACAGCUAGGAACCGACGACAUCAUCAACCAGGGACAUGGGAUUUGUGAUUUUGUUUCAAUUGGGAGGACUCGAGAGCAUCGCUGCCACUUCAUUACUUCAGCAAGAGAAGAGCCCGGUUCCUUUUGUGACUCAAAAGGGCUUUUCUUUUCUCCCUUUGUGUUCCAUCUGGCUGCUUUGGGAGUCCGCUGUGGAAAAGGACAGUUGAAUGCAGCCUCCGACGUGCACAAAAGAAUGGGUUUCCAUUCAAGGUGGCCAUUGGUGGGACCUGCACCAACGGCAUUGUGCCUGUGUGUGAUCAACAUGCUGCUGUGCCUGCUGUCUCCUGCGUCAUGCACAACCUGCCCCCAGAAAUGCCGCUGCGAGGACCAGCAGUUCUACUGCGACACCCAGGGGCUGGAGGCGCCCCCGGACAGCGUUGACAGAGGGGCCCUGGGGUUAUCGCUCCGCCACAACAGCAUCGCUGAACUGAGCCCGGACCAGUUCUAUGGCUUCUCCCAGCUCACCUGGCUUCACCUGGACCACAACCAGGUCACCGCGGUGCAGGAGGACGCCUUCCAGGGUCUCUAUAAACUCAAAGACCUCAACCUGAGCUCCAACCGGAUCACAACGCUACCAAACACAACCUUCAUCCACCUCAUCAACCUACAGAUCCUGGACCUGUCCUUCAACCUGAUGACUGCGCUGGAGCCUGAGCUGUUCCAUGGCCUCCGCAAACUGCAGAUCCUCCACCUGCGCUCCAACUCGCUGCGCACCACCCCCGUCCGGGCAUUCUGGGACUGCCGCAGCCUUGAGUACCUGGGUCUGUCCAACAACCGGCUGCGAAGCCUGGCCCGUAACGGCUUCGCUGGCCUCAUUAAACUCAGAGAACUCCACUUGGAACACAACCAGCUGACUAAGAUCAACCUGGCUCACUUCCCCCGCCUGGUGGCUUUGCAAUUCCUUUACCUGCAGUGGAACAAGAUCUCCAACCUGACCUGCAACAUGGAGUGGACCUGGACCACGCUGGAGAAGCUGGACAUCACAGGGAACGAGAUCCGGGUGCUGACCCCGGACGUGUUCGAGACGCUGCCCAACCUGAAGAUCCUCCUACUGGAUAACAACAAGCUAGGCAGCCUGGACCCUCUGGUCUUGGAUAUGUGGCGGUCUCUAGGUACCGUGGGGUUGUCCAGCAACCUUUGGGAAUGUACCAAAGGGAUCUGUUCCCUGGCCACUUGGCUAAGCACCUUCAAGGGGAGGUGGGAACACUCCAUCCUGUGUCACACCCCCGAGUAUGCCCAGGGCGAGGAGAUACUGGAUGCCGUUUAUGGAUUCCAACUUUGCCCAAAUUUUACGGCACCGCCACCGGUCGUCUUGACCACAAACACAUUGUCGAUGGCCACGGACGUGUCGACAGGCACAACUGCGGAGGUCACCAGCUCGCUGUUUGGAAUAAUGCAGCAGACACCCACGCAGGACUUCUAUGUGGAUUUUGCCCGCUUUACGACCAUAAUGACAACGACGACCACGCAGCGCACCGCCCUGGCAACCGCCCUGGCAACCUCCGCCACGACAGUGGAGGGCGGACAGCUGGGAGUCACGGAGGACUUCUCGGAGACGGACAACACGGUCCUAACCCAGAGGGUGAUCAUUGGAACUAUGGUCCUUCUGUUUACCUUCUUCCUCGUCAUUUUCAUUGUGUUCAUCUCACGGAAGUGCUGCCCUCCUACCAUGCGCAGGAUACGCCAGUGCACGGCCAUGCAGAACCGCCGCCAGAUGAGGACCCAGCAGCGGCAGCAAAUGGCGGACCUGGCCACGCAGGUACCCUAUAACGAGUAUGAGCCCAGCCACGAGGAGGGAGCGCUGGUUAUCAUCAACGGCUACGGGCAGUGCAAGUGUCAACAGCUGCCUUACAAAGAGUGUGAAGUGUAAACUAUGUAUUACUCCUGCAGCAGCAUAUGGGCUGUUUACCAUUUCAAAUACAGGGUUUUACUUUUUUGCCCCCCCCAGUUUACACAACAACAAAAAAAUGAAUAAUUUCUACUCGCUAGCUUUGAGAAAUCAAUGAGAUGAGUUUAUUGAAUGGGAGAGUUGAUGACUGGUGGAAAUGGACAGUGACGAGACUGAUGAGGAUGUGGUAGAGAUAGUAACCAUUUAUUUUUAUAUGAAUGUUCAUAUCAAGCUGUGGGCAAUCAGUCUAAAAUAAGGAAAACGGUAGAGAUUUAUCACCACAUUGUUAUUAGUCACUUUCCGCAGCACGGAGAAAAAUGUCCUUUUUUUUUUUUUUUUUAAUAGCCAAGAACGUCUGUAGACUGAUCCUCUUACUAAGAGACGGUACAGAUACAGAUGACGGUCUAUAUCAUGAUAUCAUUAUCAAGGGGAAUCGGUGUCGGAAAGGAACGUGGAUUAUAAUGACAGGUUUAAAGACGCACGGUAGCCACAGUAUGUUACCAUCACAAUCACUUGUUGGUACAGAAGUGAUUAAAUGGGGUUUGGUUAUUAAAUUAAAAGCAUUUUUUUUAUAUUCA